AUGACGACCACUGGCGUAUGGUCGGCUGACAAAGCAGGCUUCGAGAUGAAACGCAAGUCCUCCUUCUCACUGCUUGAUGCUACAGCAGUGCGUCCAGCACCAAAUGUCGAGGGGCAAGAUGGCAACCGCAUGGAGAGGCUUCAACAACUCAUGGCAACUUACGAACCGAAUGACCCUGAAUCCAUCCAGAAAUCUUUUGCUCGGCACCUGGAGUACUCCCUGGCGUGUACAAGAUUCAAGUUCACCAUGCAGGAUGCUUACCGUGCCGCUGGCCUUGUUCUCCGUGAUCGCUUGUUGGAGUCCCUGAAUGACACCAACACCUACUACCGGGAACAGGACGUAAAAAGGGGGUACUACCUGUCAGCAGAGUAUUUGAUUGGCCGCCACAUGCAGAAUGCUAUCGCCAACCUGGACUUGGAACAGCAGUUUAAGGAAGCCUUUGAGGACUUGGGGAUGAAGCUUGAGGAGCUGUUCAGUGAGGAAGCAGAUCCCGCCUUGGGCAAUGGAGGGCUUGGCCGCUUGGCUGCCUGCUUCCUGGAUUCCAUGGCCACCCUGUCAUUGCCAUGUUGGGGGUAUGGCAUCCGCUACAGCUAUGGCAUGUUCAAGCAAGGCAUCAAGGAUGGGCGGCAAAUUGAAGAACCGGAUUUUUGGAUUGGUGAUGGCUGCCCUUUUGAGAUCCCCCGGCCAGAUGUGACGUACCCGGUGCGCUUCUAUGGCACGGUGCAAGACACCUACGAGAAUGGCAAGAAUGUUUCAAGGUGGGUCGGGGGCGAAAUUGUGCAAGCGAUGGCGUACGACAAUCCUAUUCCUGGCUUUGACACGUACAAUACCAACAACCUGCGACUGUGGCGAGCUUUGCCCAGCAAGGAGUUCGACCUGGACGCGUUCAGCAGUGCACAAUUCCAAGACGCUAUCACCCAACGUCGCAAAGCAGAAGACCUGUCUGCUGUGCUCUAUCCCAAUGACGCCACGUAUGCCGGAAAGGAGCUUCGCCUUCGACAGCAGUACUUCUUUGUAAGUGCAUCGCUCCAGGAUUUGCUGCGAGAGUUCAUCAAGCGACCAAAUUACAAGUGGGAAGAUCUCCCAGAAAAGGUUGCUGUCCAGAUGAACGACACCCAUCCCACCAUCGCAGUGGCGGAGAUGAUGCGACUUUUGGUUGAUGUGCAGAAGCUGGAGUGGGACAGAGCAUGGGAAUUGACAAGGAAGUGCCUGAACUACACGAACCACACCGUCAUGCCAGAGGCCCUGGAGAAAUGGCCCGUGGAGAUGUUUGAGCGCAUGCUGCCACGCCAUCUGCAGAUCAUUUACCAAAUCAACGGUAUUUGGAUUCAGAAGCUGCUCCAGAGGUACGGUGAUGGUCCAAUUAUUGCAGCUUUGAGCAUUGUGGAGGAGGGUGAUGUUAAGAAGAUUCGCAUGGGUCACCUUGCCAUCAUUGGUGCAAACAAGAUCAACGGAGUCGCUGCCAUCCACACUGAGAUCAUCAAGAAGGAGACCUUUCCCGAGUACUACAAGUGGUGCUGCGACAACGGGGAUCCCAACAAAAUUGUGAACAUGACCAAUGGUGUGACACCUCGCCGCUGGAUUCACUGUGCCAACCCAGCUUUGAGCGAAAUUUUUACAAAAUAUUUGGGCUCGCAAGAGUGGCUGACCGACAUGAACAAGCUUAAGGAAAUGCUGCAGUACAAAGAGGACCCCAAGCUGCAUGAGGAGUGGAUUGCAAUGAAGAAAGGUUGCAAGGCAAAGUUGGCUGAUUGGCUGAAAUCAACGAUGGACCUGGAAAUUGACCAAGAUGCCCUGAUUGACAUCCAGAGCUUUGGCAAGCAGAUUUGUUUCAACCAGCAGAUGCAACAAAGUUGA